AUGGCGAAUUACAACUCUUUCUCGUUGCUCUCGCUAGCCAUUGUCACCCUGCUUCUCGCCAGCCAAAACGCCGACGCACUAAUUCCCGUCAACCAAUUUUGCAAAACUGCAACUUACAAGAUUCUCUGCACUAGAAUGGUGCACGGUGCAACAAAUCUGCAAGAUGCAUCGGCCAGCGCCAUCAAGGUAGCAAUUCAUGUUGCAAACAAAAUUCGAGCCCUGACCCCUGUGGUUGUACAAGCAGCUUCCGAUCUCGACCCGACCAUGAAAAGCCAAAUCGUGGAUACAUGCAAAGAGAGUUUCGAGAAUACCAUCGAAGACCUGAAUCUCAGCCUUGAUUUGCUCCGACAAGGAGAUAUGGGCGGAGUCGGUACUCGUCUGAGCGCAGCUUUCGACAGCGAUUGCUUGGACGCAUUGAAAGAGCAAGGCGUGGCCGUCCCAUCUUUAGUCAGGAUUUAUUCAAGGUUCGAAAAAGUCAUGGACAACUCCCUGGCUGUGGCGUUUCAAUCUUGA